UGCGCCGCUGACCGCGCCACGCCGCGCCACGCCACGCCAGCGGGACGCGCCGGGCGCGACGAGGCGGACGGGAGCGGAGGGGUUCCCUGCGCGGAGUCGGAGGCUGGGUCGGGACCGGGACGGCGCCGGGCGGGCCGCUGAGCGGAGGCGGAGCCUUGUCUCUCCUCGCCUGCCGAGCCUGGAAGGGCAGUGCCGGGCUCGCCUCGCUCGCUGACCCAGGCUCCCAGAAGGGGCCGCCUCUGCCAGCGCCGCCAUGGCCGGGAAGAGACAAGGAAAGCGGCAGCCCCUCCUGCUCCUGCUGUUCAUUGCUGUCGCCUUCGUCCAUCUGGCGGCCUGUCCCUACGCCAAGGUGGAAGAGAGCUUCAACUUGCAGGCCAUCCAUGACCUCCUCUAUCACCGCUGGGAUCUGGACAAGUACGAUCAUCAUGAGUUCCCUGGCGUCGUCCCAAGAACGUUUCUUGGGCCAAUCUUAAUCGCGGCCUUUUCCAGCCCUGCUAUCUAUGUGCUGUCCGUGCUGGAAAUGUCCAAGUUUUAUUCUCAGCUGAUAGUGAGAGGCAUUCUGGGGCUCAGCGUCAUCUGGGGCCUCUGGAAGCUGCAGAAGGAAGUGCGCCGGCACCUGGGAGCCACUGUGGCCACCGUCUUCUGCCUCAUCACCACCUCCCAGUUCCACCUGAUGUUCUAUUGCACGCGCACGCUGCCUAACGUGUUUGCGCUGCCCCUGGUCCUGCUGGCCCUCACGGCCUGGAUGCAGCAGAAGCGGGCGCGCUUCAUCUGGCUCUCGGCCUUUGCCAUCGUCGUCUUCCGGGCAGAGCUGAGCCUCUUCCUGGGCCUCAUGCUGCUGCUUACCUUGCUAAGUAAGAAGGUCACCCUCCUGAAGGUGCUGGGCCAUGCCAUCCCCGCCGGCGCUGUCUGCUUGGGGCUGACGGUGGCCGUGGAUUCCAUGUUCUGGCGCCACGUUCUGUGGCCGGAGGGCCAGGUGCUGUGGUACAACACGGUUCUCAACAAAAGCUCGGACUGGGGCACCUCACCCUUCCUCUGGUACUUCUACUCGGCCUUGCCUCGCGCCCUGGGCUGCAGUAUCUUCUUCAUCCCUCUCGGCGUCUGGGACCGCCGAACCCGCCUGCUGAUCCUGCCCGCGCUGGGCUUCAUCUUCCUGUUCUCUUUCCUGCCCCACAAGGAGCUGCGCUUCAUCAUGUACACCUUUCCCGUGCUGAACAUAGUGGCUGCCAAGGGCUGCGCCCGCAUGUUAAACAAUUACAAGAAGUCUUGGCUGUACAAGCUCGGCUCCCUGCUGGUUGUGGCCCACCUCCUGGUGAACGCCAUGUACUCGGCCACCUCGCUCUACGUCUCCCACUUUAACUACCCUGGAGGGGUGGCCAUCCAGAAGCUCCAUGAGUUGGUGCCCCCCAAAACAGAUGUGGCGCUCCAUAUUGACGUGGCUGCUGCGCAGACGGGUGUCUCGCGAUUUUUGGAGGUCAACGAUGACUGGAAAUAUGACAAAAGGGAAGGCCUGCAGCCUGGGACGGGGCCCAUGAUGUCCUACACGCACCUGCUGCUGGAGAUGGACCCGGCGCAGCUGUCCCACUACAAGAACACCCACCGCGUGCUGGCCAACAUCGCCGGCACCACGGGCGUCAAGCUGAACCUCACCAAGCUACCUCCCUUUGACCUGAACUUGAAAACCAAGCUGGUGCUUUUGGAGAGACUGCUCAGGCCCUCCUGAGGGCGCGGGCCCGCAGCACCUGGCCCUGCCCACCGCGCUCCAGGGCCUUCCCUUCAGUGACGGCCGGACGGCAUGGCCGACACCAUCUCUGAGCCCGGAGCGGCGUUCUUGGGCACGAGCCGCCUGCCCACAGACCCGCCACGAGACCCUCAGGAGAAGGUAGAGCAUCCGGCAGCAGGGUCUUGGGGCCCAUGCUCUCCCCAGCCUCAGGGGCAUACCUUCUGUGGUCUCCAGGAGGGCCCAAGUGAGGGGGGGGGGGCCUCUCCCCGGCCCCAGGCAGGGGGUGCUGAGGUGCUGUCAGCCCUGGGGGCGGGAGCGUCUGUCCUCACGGUGUGGGACCACACCAGGCCUGAGGGCGGACGUCAGCCGCCAGACCCGGGCCGUGAAAGCUCUACUAUGCCAAAGUCCAAAGUAAAGGAAUCUUCCUAGUGGUGUCCAUGGUGGGGUUUGUGGCUCCUGGGCAGGGGGACAUGGGCUCCAAGGGUCCCCAUCCGGCCCCAGGUGACCUUGCCUUCCUGCCCUGGGGGGUCUGACGUCUGUCCAGGGCCGUGGUGUAGGGGAAGGGGAAGAGUCUACCCCAGACUAAGAGAAGUGCUGGGAGCCAGGGGGAGAACCUCGAGUUCUUAGGCAGGUCAGGGGGCAACAGAGUGAAUGGGACACAUGGCCUUGGGUGGCUGUGGAUGGAGCUGGAUCUUGGGGGCCCUGCCACUCCUCGAUACUGGGAUUCCCCCCAUCGGCCUCCCAGGGACGGUUACCUGUAGUGCCUUUGAAGGACCCCACAGAGGCUGGGCCUGGGACCGUUGGCAGGAGCAGGAUUUGCAUCCGGGCCUUGUCAUCCCCACCAGGGGCCUCGGCUUGCUCCUCCAUGACUCCACACGAUGGGUCGGGUCUCCCCUGGCUCUGGGUGCCAUAAAAGGGAGCCUUGCCUCCAAUUCCCAACAAUCUUCUCAACAGGAUCUGGGUCCCAUCCCCCAGAUUUUCAGGGGCCUGUUGGUCAAUACACAUUGAGUAGGCGCCUACUGUGUGCUGGGAGACUAAAAGUCCUGCCCUUGAGGAGCUUUCAGCCUAGGCCUGUGAGCAUUCAGCACACACCCAGGGAGUGACCAGGACAUGGAAGCUUUCUGAUGGAGGGCAGAGCUGGCUGCAGCUUUUGAAGGGGGUGGGCUGUGGAGGGGAAGUGAGGGCAGAGGGGCAGGACGCUGGACAGGAAAGCAGCAUUGUGUGACCAUCUCGUCCGGGUCCCUGGGACCUCCCCCCACCCUCCCUGUGCUCCUCAGACGCAGAGCCAAAGGCCUUGGCCUGAGGCCUUCCUCUGCCACCUCUGACCCUGGCCUAUUUCCUGCUCUGUAAAGGGCUGGGUAGCGAUCUACUAUCCUUCAGCUAAGGGCCCCCCCCGGGCCAGGCCAGUGACCUCUCUGGUCAUCCUGCUGGCGAUAUAGCGCUCGGAGGCCGGCAAAGCCCUCUGCAGAUCCUCCUGACCACCCUGGGAGCCAAGCGCUUUUGUGGUACCGUUUUACAGAGCAGAAAACUGAGGCUCACCCAGGAAGGGUGUGGGAGCACACACAAACUUGGCUCCUGCUGAAGCAGUUCUGGUCUAGUUUCCCCUCUGGUUCUGUCACUUCCUCUGCCUUGGCUUGCUGGCACUGAAUUAAGUCAGGAAGGGGGCAAGGGGUAACAAGAAUCUAGCUCGGGUGGGAGCGCUAAUCAGGCGCACAGACCUCUGACAAAAGCAAGUGCCCAAUGCCGCAGGGGAGCGAGAUGCUCUUCUCAGGGCCAAAGAAGUCCCUGCUGGAGUUUUCUACCGGAAAUAAGGGGAAGAGAUCUCUGAGAGUUUGAGCAACAUCUCUAAGGGGGGUGGGGGAGGACUGUUACAUACCCCCUGUGCCUACCCACGUGCUGGGGCACCAGAAGGGAUCAAAGUUAUGUUUGCAGGCUCUUUCAGACAUUGGGGAAAACAGACCCAGGAAAUAGAGAGGUGGAUGCUGCCGGCUCCCCACCCCCAGGAUAAACCAAAUUCCCCCAUAAAGCAGUAAAAACACUUGGACUUUAUGGAGAAAAGGCCUUUCCAAAAGAAAGAAUGGGGGAAAGAGAUGAAAAGUCCUAAUCACUUAUUGAGAGCCCCCAAAUUCUGUCCCUGUUUAGCUUAAAGCCCCAACAGGGAGUCUAUCUGGGACAGUCUCCAAGGAUACUCUUGUGGAUUUGCAGAUUUAUGCUCCAGAGAUGAGGAAACCCAAAGGUCAAUAGUCUCUCCGUCUCUACCCUUUCUUGGUCUCCUUGUCUCCUCUCUCCAUAUGUCUGUCUUAUAUCCCUUCUUUCCCCUUCUCUUUCUGCCUCCUGUCAGUUUCUCUUCCCCUUCCUAUCAUUUUUCUCUUCUCUCUUUACCUUGUCUCCAUCUGUUUCUCAGCAGUAAGAUCCACGACUUUCCCAUAAGUCCUUAGUGUUGUCCCCAAGCCGUAGAAGGAAGCCCAUGUCUGCUGCAGCACAGACCCUCAUCAGGGUCUAUGUGGGGUCUCCCAGUUGCUCUUCUCAUUAUUGCUGUUUUAGCACUACUUUUACGCCUUCCUGUUGUCCUUAUUCUAGCCUCUUGAGUCUCCAUGUGGUAGCUCCACCAUUCCUUGUGAAAAAAGUUUUGAAAAUCUUUACGAGUGUCCCAUUUCCCACCCAUUGUCUUCUGGUUUAUCUUUAAAUGCCCUUCGAGGUGGUCCCGUGCCAGGCCUUUGCAUCAUUUCCCCCUCCACUCCUCUUCCUUCUUUAGUGACUAUCCGGCAUCCCUUCUUUAAGACCUGACAAAUGGGUUUGUGCUCCAGAUGAAUGUGGCUUUUAGCUGCCAUGUCUCUGCUUGAAAGGAGAUCAAAUAUUUGCUGGCUGAGAUGAGUUUCUAGGCUCUUCCACCCUCCUUGUUACAAGCGACAUCCAUUAAACUGCCUUAGGAAAUAGGCCGAGACCAUGUCAAUGUCCGUUCUUGCAUUCAUUUCCCAUUUUCCAAUACAAGAGCUUGUUUAAAGGGUGCAAACCCCAUUGGUCUCCUUUGGGUUCCAAUUGUUACUCAUUUUGACCUUUCUUUAACAAGUUGGUGUGGAUCAGUCCUUUCCUGUCUGUAGAAAUGGGGUCCAUUUCAAUUGUCUUGAAUAUCCAGGACAAAAUCUCGUGGCUUCUAUAGAGAAUUGGGUCUUGAAUCUUUCUUUGCUUCAUCCUGAGUCACGUAUGGACCAAGACAAAAGGGGAACCUGGUAUAAGAAGCCAAAACA